CUGGUAUUACUGUGCUCUAUAGGAUUAUUUAUAGACUCUGACGAAAACCCUUCGGUUGCCCACCCCAUCACGCUUCCAUUCAGAAUGAUGAAUAUUAUUGGAAACGCAAGAAACAGCCUUUUUAUGUUUUAUGCAAAAAAACUGUACAGAAACCAAACGCAUUCCUUCCACAAAUUCUAUUUAUCUCCCAUCUCUUCCUCAAUCUUCAGGUUAACCAGAAGUAACCUCGUUAUCUUUUCGAGAAUAGCCGAUGGAAUCCCUUGGAGUUGGAGAUCCACCACCGCAUGGAGUCGAAGAAAGCGAAACAAACCUACCCCAGAUGAUGUUCGCAGAAGGCGAAGAACCGGUUGGCGUGAGGGUUCUUACAUACCAAUCGUGGCGGGCUAUUAACACUAUUCUCAACGCGCUGGACGAAGAGGAAAUCCAGUAUAUCAAGGCGUCAUCUUUUGGAAAGAUUGUUGAAAUUGUCCGGAAGAUUUGCACGGUUUCUCCUGUCCAGGCAGUUGAAAGUGGAGAAGAAACACGAGGCUUGGUUCCGAUUUGCUGGAAAACCUAUAAGAUUUUCCAUCCGCGAGUUCGCAAUUGUUACCGGUCUCCCUUGUGGUGAGAUUCCGCAUGACCCCAAUGGAAAGAAGAAGAAAAAGAGUAAAGAGAAACCUUACUGGCAGGAGAUUUUUGGUAAUGUUGAAGACAUGCGGGUAUCUAGGGCAGUCAAGAUGCUUCGUAGGAAGUCCGGUUUUGAAAAAGAUACCAGGCUGAAAGUCGCUUGCCUAGCCAUUGUUUCCUCUGUUCUCCUUUCUACGAACCUUAAGAUGAAGAUGUUGAAAGAACACGUCCAGCUACUUGGUGAUAUAGAUGAGUUUUUGGCAUUUCCGUGGGGGAGAUUGGCAUUCAACAUGCUUAUGAAUAGCAUUAAGAAAAAAGACGAGAUCUCCCUAUCUCAAAAUACGAUUGCGCUCCAGGGUUUUGCUUUAGCCCUCCAGCUAGUAAUUGUUGAAGCAGUUCCAUCACUUACCGAAGUUGUUCAAGAAGCAUGCUCCUCAUCCGAGUCUGACAGCGAUGAUGACGACACAGACCUUAGGUCAAACAAGUCCAAGAAGCAGACGUUGAGCCAUGCCCACGCACGAGAAGUCGAUAAAAAAUCAGAGGUUCUUGUUAUGAGCAUCAUUCCCCAAGACCCUCUUCACCCGGUUGAUGAGUCUAUUCUUGUAGUAAAAGACGAUGUCGAAGAUACUAAAGUCGACAACCUUCUGAAGUUGAUUCAUGCGAAUCAUUGUUUUUCAAAGUCCAUGUUUAAAGGGGGCCUAACAAAACAGGAAGUUGAGAGAAUGAGAGAGUCAGCCAAAGUUGCGGCCAAACGAAAGCAACCCACAUCGAAGCAAACCACUAUGAAGGAAACCACCGCUGGAGUCAUAGAUGAAUCUACUAUCAAGCCAAUUAUUCUUGCCGCCAUGAAACCCGAGAUUUCAAAAAUAGAUGUCUCAAUUGCAUCAAUAAUCCGGAGCGUGAAAGAGGUGUCUAGCUCUGCGGCCCUGCAACAAGCUACUGUGCUUGGAGCAGUCGAUGCAAUGCUUGUAGCUUUCAAACAGGAAAUUAUGUCGUCCAUUGUCAAGUCACCUCAAGAGGUUGCUGAACAGAACAACGACAACCUUCAGACAUCCCAGACCCGAGUUUUCGGAGAACACGAAGGACAGUGUCCCCCUUCGCAACGGCCACAAGAACAUACACCAUCCGUUGUCAAUAGAAGCAGGUCAGGUACCUCCCGUAACGCAAAGCCAUCAGGUGAAGACGCCAAUGACCAGAUUAUCAAUAGUGUGAUGGAGAGCCUUAGUCAGUAUUCCACACCUCCUCGGUCUGCCCAACGCUGCCCGCCAAAAUAUAGUCUGCAGAUCCGGAUUCAUCGUAUGCUGAGUUUCAACUUAUUUAUAUUUUUCAUACCAACUUUCCGACGCGAGAUCUAACAGGCAAAAAUCUCUAACCCACUCAAGUGGUCAUCAUGAAGGUGAGACUCAGCAACAGACAUCCCUGUCUGCUACCAGCAUUACCAAGCAGGAGAACGACCCACUGGAUGAGCUAGGCUCCUUCUUUCUCACUCGGAUUACCUCAGGAUGAGCUGGGAAGACCAACUGAUGUUGUUGCAGAUGUUUUAGUAAAUGCUGAAGUAGACAACGAUGAAAAUGGAGAGGGCAGUAGAGGGCAGUCCUCUUUGCCGCAAAAGCAAACGCUUAAGGACAGUUCCACCAGCACUGGUCAAUGACUACCAUUGUAGUCCUGCAAUCCUAAACAGAGCUUGGGAAGCCCAGAUGUGUGCAGACAACCGCUAUGUGAAUGAGGUCCUCCGUGAGAAGUACACAAAGCUCACAACACUCAUAACUAGACCAUGUUUAAUAAACGUCAACGGUUUUGCUAUCAACACGAAGGACAUCAGGGACAUUGCUGAUAGGAACAGGCUCCUACCCUCUAAGGUGAUGGAUAUACUUAUGCGUCUAGUCAGAUCAACCUUCAAUAAACACGUAGGGGCCAAGAGAGACAAGAAAGCUGAGUUCAUUGAUACCCGAUUUGUGACAAUGUUGAGUAGGAACUAUCCCAAGUUCAAGAAUGCGACGGUAAAAAAGAUUAUGCGUUCACUAAGGGGCUGGCAGAUUGUUUCAAGAAAACCGGAUCUGAAGAUAGCAACACCACCAGUUUCUAUUUCCCAUUCCUCAUCGCGAACAAGCAUUGGAUUGGCAUUUGUGUUGACUCCCCAUCAUGUAAGAUAUACGUUUUAGAUUGCAACCCCGGUGUCCGCACUGAUGCUCUGUUGUCGAGAGAUCUUCGCCCUGUUGCCGAUAUGUUUCUCCCUCUCCUCAAGUUCUGUGGUCGCAUUGACAGAGUUGAUGGCCAGACGCUGUUGGUUGAAAGAAUAAAAGGCGUUCCAGUUAACGCUGACCCUGGUGAUUCGGGGUUUACAGCAGCGUUGCUCAUGCAAACUCACGCCUUGUUUGGUCCAGACACAUGCAGGUGUGUCACCCCGCUAGUUCUUACCGAAGAAUCCCAGAGGGGCGCUGUCAUGCUCUACGAGUUUCACAAGAUUCUUUAGUCUGUUUUGAUACUCCGUUGAUCUACGCUAGACUUGUUUUAUUUAUAUCUGCAAAACUCUGUUCCAAUCUCCUAUGUUUCGUACCUGUUUUAUUAAGACCAUUUGUUUCGUUCUACUAACUCUCAUGUCAUCGUUUAUCAGGUUCAAACAAAAAGUUUCACGACA